GACACUAGUCGUCAGUCAUUCGGCUGACGGGUUACAUCGAAAUGGGUUGUAGUUGGUCGAAAUCAGUGGAGCACAAUUCCUCCACACCGAAUGCCCUCCAGGCUGCAAUGCCCCAGCAGCGGGAUCCGAAGAUGGAUCAGUUGAAGGAGAAGCAAUCGCGGGAGAUCCGCAAAAUGAGAGAGAAAAAAAUGCGAAAAGCUGGGCACAAGGAAGUGCCCAUCGAGUUGGAGCAGCGGGAUCAUGGCCACCAUCCGCAACAGGCGCCCCAGCUGCGUCUGCUGGGUGGCAGCAACGGCAGCAGUCCCACCGAAUGUGUCAGUGCUCUGUAUGCCAGGACACUGGAACAGCAGCGAGAGGAACUCCAGCGUACAGUCGAGGAAAGGGCUCUCAAGCAGUUGAAGGACAAACUGCACACGUUUCUGCUCAACCAGCUCCUGCUGGGCCUUCAGUUCUUCGUCCACUUCGAGCCGGAGAUGGCCCAGGUGGAUGCGAACGCGAAGCAGUACUCCUCCAGUGACCACAGCCUCUUCCAGAGCAGUGCCAUCGACAUGGCAGUGGCCCGGAAUCUCCUCUACAAGUCUGGGACCUCGAAGUCAUCUCUCCAGCCGAUUCAGAAACCCCUCACCUAUGUGAUCUUUGAGAACGUGGACGUUUCGGGACCCCAGGAUGCCAACUAUGACUCCAUUGCCGCCUUGUGCAAGGUGAUCCUGGACACUGAGUACUACCGAACCAUGUCCAGCUCCUCAAAGUAUUUCCAGCUGAUGGAGAAGGCCUGCUGGAAGGGCUAUGUGCGACUGAAGCUACGGGAUCAGGCCAAUCAUCCGCGCGUGGAGUCACCCACCUACAGCCUCGACGAGGGUGAGAUCUAUACGAAGGAUGGAUCGUCCACCUACUCCCUAGCUUCCGCUAGUUCCGGCUACUCAUCCGAGACCUACGAUCAUGUGUACUUGGACAGACUGCUGCCACUGGAGGACCUGAAGCUGAAGGGGAUCGAUCCUGUGGCGAGUGAUCAGCUGCCACAGGCCUGUGUGCGUCGAUUGGCGGACUAUAUGCCGUCUUGGUCGGAGGUGAGCGAUGGUGAGGAGCUACUUAGUGACCAGGAGGAUGAGCAGGAAGAGGAUGAUCCGCCGACGGAGCACCUGGAUGAGGACUAUCACGCCGGCUAUGAGAAAGUUCAGGUACUCCGACAAUGUCAUAUGGAGCAACGCCAUCAAUGGUACCUCGGAUCACCGCAUUUCAUGCUCUAUUUCGGAGAACUUCUUCGCCAGAAAAUAGGCCCGGAACUGGGCAUCAGUCAGGCUCAAAUGAAGAACGGCAAGUACCGCGGAUGCAGUGUCUAUACCAGUCGGGAGGAGCUGGUGCCCGCCAUCCAUGUACCCAUUUGGCCGGAUUGCGCCUUCGCCUUCAACCUGCGGGAGGGUCCGCGGGUCACCAAUCUACACACGGGCGAGCAGUUCCAAUGGCCCACCAAGCAGAUGCGCGAGAAGAUCCGAUCCAUGGGCUGCCACUUGGUGCCGGUGGGCCAUUCGCCCAAACACACAAUAAAUCCCUUCAGGGACCUCGAGUGGAAGAUUCGAUUCCCCCAAGCGGAGCUGUAUCUGGAACGGUACUGCCUCACACCGAUGCAACUGAAGGUGUUCCAGCUGAUGAAGCUACUGAUCAGGACCUUUGUGGAGGAGUCGUCCGACCAAUCCCCCGGCGAUCUCCUCGAGCAGUUACGGGCGCAUCUCUACUGGCAAUGCGAGCAGCACAGCAACAACUGGCCGGAGGAGUUCCUCGGCGAGAGUCUGGUGGGAUUCAUUCGCUCCUUUGCCGACUGCCUGGCGCGGAAGCACUUGAGUGACUACUUUAUCAAGGAGCGGAAUCUCUUUGAGCACAUCCCGGAGUAUACGCUGAUGGAGCUGAAGAAGAAAAUGGACGGAAUAGCAGAGCAGCCACUGCUCCACGUUGUGUGGGCUCUGAGGAAGCUCCAGCACUCGCCGGACUUCUAUCCCCAGUUGGAUUACAAACGAUUGCUGGAGAAUCUGUGCAGCCGGGACUUCCUGGAGCUGAAAAGUUGGAGUAAGUUCACCGGUCCGCGUUCGUUGGACACGGAAUUGAAGGAGAAUCUACCGGAGCCGAAACUGCCAUCCAGAAUUACGAGCCAAGUGACCGAUGCGAUGGGUUUCCUCGGCCUGCCGGAGCAUCAGGAGCGACCCAAAACUAGGCAGCGCCGACGAGUCCAACAGAGGCAGCCGAAAGUGAAGCAGGUCCAGGCGGAAGAUCAAGGCAAAUCCUAUCUAGAUUCCAUGGACGAGCUACUGAAAUUGGCUGCCGAUUAUUCCGAUAUAUACUACGGCUCCGCCUCGAUAUCCUCAGUAGGCUCUUCCGGCUUCCACGAGUCCUCGGCGAUGAAUGCCCCCCAACUGGACAACGGCCUGGAGAUCCUGCGACGCACCAACCUGCUCGAGCUCUUUCUGGACCACUCCCUGGCCAUGACCGAGCAGGCCGUCCACUUUGGCAACCGGAACCAUGCCCUCUUGUAUCUGAUGCAGGGUCAACGGCUCUGUAAGUUGUACCAGAAUCUCGGCUGCUCCCAGAAAUCCGAGCAUUUCGUCACUGAACUCCAGCAAGUGGCUGCCAAAAUCGAGACCAUGAGCGAGACCCCAGUCCUGCCCCGAGCUGGGGGAUUCCCCAUUCCCGUGGAGAAGAAGAUCACCUUCGCCGAGCACACGGUUCAGAUUCAUUCUCCCAACUCGGCGGCGAAGAAAACAAUAAGAGUCCUCCGGGAUCAGAAUCCUCCAGAGAACCGGACACAAAAUCCUGAUGAAGAUAUGGACAAAAUAGAAGAAAUCGAACUGGACCAUGGUCCUGUAAAGACUCUUGAGGAUGUGAAAAAUGGGGAGACACCCAAGGACGAGGAGAGCCAAGGCACUCUCAAGGACACCUUAGCCAAUCCCAUAAACAGAUUAUUAAAUCGCUUGGAUGGCGAUUCCAAUCUUCGGAACAAAAUGCAGCAACUGAUUCUGAAAGCCUCCGAGGCCACGACCCAAAAAUUCAAGUGACUGCCAUCCGUAACCUAGUUUCCCGGUGGGAUUUUCGGAUUAUUCCUACAGUUAUGUACCAUAUGUUACAAAGAGCAGAAUACAAAAGAAAAUUAUCAAGAAAAGUCGGCUCAGAUAAGAUACAACUGACGGGAAUUGCGUCAACUUGUAGAGCGACAAAAAAACGCCAAUCAAUUAAUUGCAAGCAAUUCUAAAAAAAGUAUCAUAAAUAAGCCAUUAAAAAGCGCUAUCUGAUUGCAUAAAUCACAACUAAUAUUUGUUUAUAUAACGUAAGCAGAGGCUGUCACUGAUUCAGCAAUUUAUAGUAUUAUAUAAAAAAUACACGAAUAUAUUAUACAUAAGAGCGCACUCUCGUGCGAAGAGUAUUAAAAUUUAUAUAAAAUAUAAAAAUAUUCUACCAUACUAUUCUUUAAGAUUAAAAUAUAUGUAAAAUAUUUAACAAUAUACUAUUUUACUUAUAAUAUUAAACUAUCUACUAAACUACUUACUAUACUAUUUCUAACAAUAAAAAAAACAAUAAAC